AUGGCCGGUAUGAAGGAAAAUCUCAAUGCAGCAUUCGAUCCCGCCGGGAACGGCUUGUCCCCGGACAUCCUAGGCGUCCUGGAGUCGAUCCUGGGCGUCCACUCCCUCACGCCAGACGAAUUGUUUAUCAAAUGGGAGGUGUAUUGCCUGAAAAUGGGAAGCGAGGAGACGAAGCUGGACAUCGAGACAGCACGCAUGUUCGCAAAGGACGUGCAAGAUUCCGUCGAGAGGGGCGAGCGGACACACCAGACUGCCCCGAAGUCUGCGGUCAAGUCUGAAAGAAAAAGUCUCGUUCACGCUACACCUAGGGCCGUUGGGACUUCGGACGUCUUCGGGAUGUUGGAUGAACUCACCCCGAAUGCCAUGUCCCGACGAAACGGCAGUGUCAAGAGAAAGGCAGAUUUCGACUCUCCAGUGCCCAGGAAGGUCAGCCGUCAGGAAACCACAAAUAGAACGCCAGGAAAAGCUGGAAAGAUAGACGCGCUCGCAGGCAUACCAUUCCCGGAACGGCCGAAUGCAGGUCAAAUCAUUGAGACGCUGAAUGAACAUCUCUCCGCCGCCGAAGCGCCCAUGGCUCCUUUCUCUCAAGCGCGACUACGCCUGGUUUCGGGAACGGAAUAUAAUAAGUUUGAGUACAAAUCGAUGGCAAUGCGCCUUCGAGAGUCUUCAGAGGGGCUGGAUGAACGAAUCAACGAUUUCCUGGCUCUCAUCCAGGAAGCUCACAAUCUCGAAGACUCUGCAUUCGGAAAUGCCGCCGCACAGAGCACUAGUGAGAUCAUUGCUGUUGGGAGAAUCGCAUGCGAUACGGCUGAUGGCAAGCUAAAUGCAGCAUCCCUCGUCCUAGAGAUGUCGAGACGAAUGGGUGCGGGACUUCGUGUGCCUCUGAAAGUGGAUGGUCUGCAAUCUUAUCAGUUCUUCCCUGGUCAGAUCGUUGGAUUGCGCGGCGCAAAUGCAUCCGGGCUGUACUUCACGGUCAAGGAAGUACUCUCGGUGCCAAAGCUCCCCAUGCCCUCCUCAUUACCGAGCAGAAUAGAGGGAAUCAAUGAGCGGCUCGAGGUUUCAGAGGAUUCUAGCCCUCCUCCACUCAAUAUCAUGAUCGCAUCUGGUCCGUUCACUGCGGACGACAACUUGGACUUCGAACCCUUUCAGGCCCUGUGCGAGAAAGCCGAGGAAGCAAUGGCCGACGGUAUCAUCCUUGCCGGACCUUUUCUCGACAUUGAACACCCAAUGCUUGCAUCAGGUGAUUUCGACUUACCUGACGUGCGAGGGCUGGAUCAGGAGGCGAGUCUGGUCGCGCUCUUCCGACUCUGGAUUUCUAACCCUCUACAGCGCCUUUGCUCCGCUGUCCCCGGCAUCGCGGUGGUCAUGAUCCCGAGCACGCGAGACUUAAUGAGCAAACACGUCAGCUGGCCACAAGAAAGGCUGACGAAGAAGAACCUUGGUCUGCCGAAGCAAGUUACGAUGAUGCCAAAUCCGUCUUUUAUUUCACUAAACGAGGUUGUAUUCGGAGUCUCGUCACAAGACAUCUUAUACGAACUAAGUCGAGAGCAAUUGUCUCACGGACCGGGGCAAGACCUCUUGACCAGAUUGCCUGGAUGUUUGAUCGAGCAGCGGCAUUUCUUCCCCCUCUUCCCGCCCAUGUCGAGAGACAAACUCUCCAGUAAUGGAGUCGUGAAACCCACGGGCGCAUGUCUGGAUGUGGGAUAUCUCAAGCUUGGUGAAUGGAUGCAAGUCAAGCCCGAUGUGCUAAUUCUACCGAGCAUGUUGACUCCUUCCGUCAAGGUCGUUGACAGCGUCAUGGUGAUCAAUCCGGGGCAACUGUCCAAGCGCAAGGCUGCCGGAACGUAUUCCCAGAUCUCGUUGCAUCCGCGCACUUUAUCAGAGGAGGAAAAGUCGGCCAGAACUGUGGCCCAUAAUGUUUUCGAACGCGCGAGGGUUGAUGUUGUAAGGAUAUAA